AUGUUGAAACCUUUUCAGAUCCGAGAUCUACAUGGGUCUUCGCCUUCGAAUCCAGAAGAGCCAUCUAGCUCUCAGGGUGUCGUCCAACUUUCGUCCUCAGACUAUGACGACCUCGCCUCAACCCAUCCUCGGGCCAGGUUAACAUACAUAGAUGAUGAUGAUGGCGAUCAGAUUACAGUCGGGUCUUCACUGGAGCUUUCUGAACGCCUAGAUGAUCCUGUAGACAUUGCACCUCGACUUGCUUCCAUCCAUAUCUCUGAUGAUACACCUGUGCCGAUGCACAUAUUUGACAUUCGCCGAUCAAACUCUGUGACUGAACUCUGGCGGCGAUUUGAGACUCAAACUUCCAAUGACAGACAAGUUCCUGUUUUAGGAAAUGAUACGCCGGCUGUAUUGGAACCUCCUGCCAAUGCAGUAGAUGAGAUUCGCCAUGAAGAACCUAUAUUGGCUCAUACUAGUGCCAGUGCUGUCCCUGGGCCUGAUUCUCAGACUCUUUUGCCAGCAUUUGAAGCUGAAUUGGCAAGCCUUUUAGGGUCUACAGAGGAACCUCCAGAAAGAGCUCCGCAACCUGAACCACAACAUGCCGCUGAGGGUGUUAACUUGGAAGAAAUUCCUGCGAUUGUUGCAGAUCUUGCUUCGCAGAUACUUCGUCAUAUGUCAAGGGGUGCAAACAUGGUGCAAUCCGAGCUGCGAACAAGACUACCAGAAUUACAACGUCAAGUCAACGAUGCUCAAAGACACCUGCCUGAGAACAUGGGAGCGUGGUUACAAUCCCUUCUUACUACUCUUGAAACCCAGAUGAAGACAGUUCUGAACAAUUUGCCUGAGAAUAGAAGGCAAUGGGCUGAUAAUGGACGGCAAUGGGCAGAGGAAGCCAUUCAUGCUGGCCGACCCGUGGCCGAGAACGCCGCUGAAAGUCUACGAACAAUGGCAUCUGAGCUGAAUGAAGCGGGACGUACUUUAUUUGCGGCUUUUGAACAUGAGUUUGGGCGACCUGCAUCGCAGCAGACGAAUGUCACGCCCGAUGGCACUACUUCCGGCGGACCUAGUAGCUCACACACGGCAGUUCCGCCCGCCGUAAACAAUGCAACUGCGGCACCAGUCAAUCCUGAGACUGCUAUCCCGCAGUCAGUGGCAUCUGACUUGCGUCAGGAAAACAUGCCGCGUAGUGACCAACCUCCGGCGCCGGGGUUAGGAAACUCCAGCUAUAUCCCAAUUCCCACCCCUGGCAAUGUCAGUCGAGGUCCGGAAAUGGGAUGCGCGAUGCCUACCUUGCCCUCUAUGCCAUACAUACCCAGACUUAAUCCCCAUCUAUCCGGUCAUCCGCAUCCUUCCUACCCCGAAGUACCUCCGCCACCUCGUCUCAUGCGUCCUCACGAUAUGAAUAAUUGGUAUCCUCCUCCGAGGCCUCCACUACCAACGGACCUAAGCCAUGGUCACCCAACUCCACCUUCUUUCUCUCAGCUUUCGUCACUUUGGAACCUUUAUCCUAAAAUACCAUCCUUUGGCCCUAAUGCCGGCUCAAACAAUGUCGAUGUUGCUUCCAGGACAACCUCCUCGGGGGGUAUGCUAACACAUAAAGACGCCCAGGUAGAGGAGUCUGGAAAUAAGACACUAUUCAUUGGAAAUGUUGGGUUCAAUGUGACAGAACGAACUGUUAAAGACGUGUUUGCUUCCAAGGGGUUCAUUGUCGAUGUGGAUCUUCCAUUGGAUGCCGUAUCGGGGAAACAUGCAGGAUUUGGCUAUCUCCAGUUCCCUUCGAUUCACCCAGCCCUUGCCGCAAUGAAUGCUCUGCAGGGUGCCCACAUAGAUGGCCAUGCCAUCAACCUUGAGCUCAGUGAUACUGCACCCAAUGAAGAUAUCAAUUCCCAAGGAAUGACUCUCAACACCAGUCAGCCCUCUCUGCAAUCUAACACCCCCAAAGAAGCCACCAACUUCCCGGAGUGGAAGGACAAGCAGAGGGCUUCAAUCAAGCGCCGGAAAUCAGUCUCCUUCAAGGAGCCUCUUCAAGCUCAUUCAGAACCUGCAACUUUCGAGUCUCAAGACGCAGAACCAGCUACAGGUCAAGCAACGGAUGUGGCCCAAUCGUCUCCACUGAUCGAUCUAUCGGUUGAUGAGUCUAUUGCUACUCCACAGCCUCGUCCCCAGUCUGAAUCCGAGAGCUAUUGGCGGGUUCCUGGAGCCAAUGGGAAUGCUCCCGAGUUGUCUGUUAAUCUGAACCCAGAAUUGGAGAUGAGCCGGUUCCCACCUGUGUCCCAGCUGGAGGCGCAACUCCUAGCGAAGCAACGACGACACGACCCGGCGUCUGCUGCUGAAGGGGCAACCACUAAGCCUGCCAACCAGAGUGCUGCUCUGGGCUCCCCAUUCCAUGCUCAGACACAGCCUCUCCUCCCGACUCAGACCCCAUAUGUUCCAUAUCGCUCAGGUCCGGAGGAGUCCCUGCAGAGAUCUCGAACGAUUUCGCAUGCCGAUAGCCGAGGUAACUAUGCCGACUCUGGAACAAGCCUGCGCCGUGCAAGAACCCUCACGUCUGACCCCUCGUUGGGUGAAUCACGAAAUAAUUCCAGACAGUUCACGGAGGCCCCGUCCUCGCGUCUGAGGCGUAGAGCAAGCGAGCGUCAAUCUAUGCGUCCCACUAGAGAGUUGGAUACAUGGGCGAGACUAGACAGGAGAGAGCGCGAGCGAUCUCGGCCAGCAUCACGGCAAAGUAUUCCUGGAAGUUUCCCUGUUGAAGAUCCACCCAACCCUCCGCUUGAUACUCAUGCCAAUAAUGCCAAAGCCGCUGAUAUUGAACGUUGUAUCUCUUCUCUUAUCGACAUGGGGUAUGGAACGGCUGAGAACGGUGGCCGAACUCGAAUGGCAAUCUAUGCCGCCGCAUCGAACGGUAACUUGUUGGAUGCUAUUGAGAUGAUUGAAGAAGAACGCAAAGCCUAUGCCUCUCAUGGCCAGCAGUAG